AAGUAACACUUAGUUAAGAGAUGGUUUAGUGGUGGUAAAACAGGAGAGCGAAAUAAUAGUCGGCACUGCAUACAAACUGAUUUAUUCAACUUAAUCUUGAGCUUACAGUAGUCGAGCGAGUGACGCCCGGCGCCAUCAAUAUUACAUUAUUAUAUUAACUAAUAUUAUAAAGUUAUAAACUAAGCAACUAUCAUAACGUGGUACAAUUGACAGCUCGUAACGUACCGCUGCAAAGUAGCGCCAUCUAGUAGAACAACAUCAAUAACAGAGCAAAUAGUUCCGGACCUUACAACUAGAUGGCGCUACGUAACCAUCAUGGCUCGUUUCGUUUGGUCUUACAUUACAGGGGAUCACAGAUUUGUGCCAAAUUAUGCAAUUACAGAAUCUUAUACUAAGUAACUCUCAAUGAUUUUUGUUAAUUACAAUAAUUAGUCUAACUACAAUAUAAUUCACUCAUUAUUACACUAAACUUGAUUGACUAACACUACUCACUACAUCCUCAGAUCUCACUCAGAUUAUCUCUUGUGCGUUCACUCACAACUCGCGAUAAAUUCAAAAAAUAUAAACAACUAAUUUUGAUAUCUUUGAUUUAGAAUCGACUUACCGACUAUUCAAACUAGCUAAUUGUACGAUUUUAAUAUUUACUACAUAAGAGAUCCCCCGAUGGAGUUGGCUCUAUGCUAAGUUAAGUUGAGAACAGACUAGAAUACACGGAGCGCUGACUGACGCAGACGUUACGAGUGUGUUACAAGCUUUAUUUAAAAAAAUACUCUUAACAAUACGUUCUUUGUGUUGUAUCACCGACAUGUUCAGACAUCACACACACACACACACACACAAUAAGUUAACUCGUACGUGUGUGGCCACCGACUGACUGCGUCAGUGUGAGUGAGACGUAAUAAUCUAUCAUGUCAACUUUAUAAAAUAUAGGUCUCUACACGGGAACUGAACCCACACUACACACUUUGACUACAUUCGGUCGGUAACUACACAGGGAAAGGACAAACAAACAAAAAAUGGUACAUAACUAUAAUAUGUGUACUAUUCACAAACCUUCUAUAUAUAUUUAAACGGAUCGUCGCCGUCAAUAUACACCCGGAACACGAGAGGAGGUACAGAUGCAUUGAGGGCCUAAAUGUGUUCUGUGAGACUGAGACAGAACGUGUGAGACUGUGAGACUAACACAGGCUUGUGAAUAGUACCGUGUUAUAAGUCAGCAACAACAUGCAAUACACUAAUGGACCGCCCGGCGGCGCGGCGCGGGGACUCGGCGACUGAUCGAUAUAAUACAAACAGACUACUUGCAAUCUUUGGUAUAGUGACGACUCGUCCCGGCGCGGGGCGGGGCGCGGGGCGCGGGGCGCGGCGUCCACACACAGGAGUAAUCAACAUUAUUAUUAUUAUAUGCAGGUAUACAGUAGACACAUGGCACUCACAAUUGACCGGGCGAUACAAUAUAUUAUAUAUUAUGGUAUAUAUAGCGAUAUAUUAUAUAGCGACACACGCCGCGCUACUCGGAGACAAUCAGCGCGCCGCACGCUGCGCCAUGUCUAGUCCGCUCCGGUACACAGCCAUACACAGCCAUACACACCCGUACACAGCCAUACACACCCGUACACAGCCAUACACACCCGUACACAGCCAUACACAGCCAUACACAGCCGGACACGACUUACACAGACGCGGAGCGGAGAAAACAUCGCGCAGCACCGGGGCGCGCGAUAUGUCUGUGAGUAACUGCGGCGGGCAGUGCGCGCGGUGGCAGGGCGGGGAGUGACAGGGCGGGGACAGUGCGGCGCAGGGAGUGUACUCUGCCUCCAAGGUUGGUCUACACCGAGCUCGUGUGGCGCCGCGACAUGAUCCACUGCCAAAGCGCGGGCCGGCCGGGGCCGGGCGGGCCGGGGCCGGGCCGGCCGGGGCCGACGGGCCGCGUCUCGGAACACUGCUAGCGACAGCUUUGGCAGACAUCAUCGCCCGCCCCCGGCGCGCGCGCUCAGCCCUCGCCGCGGGGGCGCGCGCGGCGGGGGCGCGGGGGCGCGGCGCCACACGGCGCGGACUGUGGGCCCGCCUAAGUGAACAGGAGCGCGGGGUCGGCGUCCGUGAGCUCGCACACGAACUGGUCCUGCUCCAGCGGCCGCUUGAUCCAGCUCCCGAGCUUCGCCUUCUCGAACGCCUCGAUCAGCCGCUUCUUGGCGAGCUACACACGAACAGACACACACACACACACAUACAGUACGCGCUACUAGAGGUACACUACAGCUCCGACUGAGCGCCGACUGAGUACUGACCUGGUACGCGGGACACAUCUGCUUGGCCUCGUUGUACAGCAGCGUGUCGGAGACGUCGAGGGGCGCGGGGGGGCGCGGCGGGCGCGGCGGGCGCGGCGCGGGCGCGGGGCCGGCCGCGUCGGCCGCCAGGUCGUGGUCGGCGCGGGCGGUGAGCAGGUCGAGGUCGGCGUCCUGCGGCAGCGGCGGCAGGCGGCGCGCCAGGUACUGCCAGCGGGCGAACAUGCUCUGCUUGCACAGCAGGGACGGCUGCCCGCUCUCUAGCUUGCCCGUCGUCGCGUUGAUCACCUCGGGCAGCUGCGGCCAGGGCGGGGAGUUAUUGUGCUGUCCUGUCUGUGUGUACCGUGCAGUGUAGUGUAGUGGGUUCAGUACCUGGUGCGUGCAGACCCAGCAGACGCUGAAGGAGGGCGCGCGCGCCGGCGUGCGGGCCUCGGUGCUGGCGGCGCGCGACAGUAGGGGGCGCUGGAGCUGGUAGGGGGGCGGCAGACACGACAGGUACGCCUCGAUACGACCGCAGAUCGCUCUGUGUACACAACACGUUACACUGCGUUACACAGAGCGUACACAACACCAACACAUUGUAACACAUACAUGUCCUAGGGACAACCAAACAUUAUCGCGUCGCCAUUCAGAUAACAACGAAAGAAAGAUUGAAUGUACGCACUGUAAGAGACAAAUCUGUAAUAAUCCUUACUUCCUUAUCCUUACUAAUCCUUACUAAUUAAAAAUCUGAAAGUGAGUUUGUUUGUUUGUUCCACCUUCACGCCGUAAUUACUCAACCGAUUGCUUUGAAUUUUUGCAGACGUAAAGUUAGAAGUCCGGAUUAAAUAGUAGGGUACUUUUUAACCCGGAAAAAAUUGAUAUUCCCGAGGAUAAACAAAAGUAUAGAUGGCGCUACGUGUAUUGGUAUAUGUCACAUAGGCUACUUUUUAUUCUUUUGUGACGCGAGCGAAGCCGCGGGUAAAAGCUAGUGAGCAAAUAAAGCAAACUGUGUUACAGGUUCCCCACAGAACACGUCGGUGACGUCACAGACACACUCCACAUGAACACCGCGGGGACACUCGGCGUGGACCUGAGUGUACGUGUGUCGUCCACACCUCAUGGACACGUCUCCCACUAUCCACUAUCUUCUGAAAUAAUUAUUUCUGUGUUGCUAAGUGAUUGCCGGACAAGGGCUCUGGGGUCCGAUUCCUGGGUCGGGCAAAGUACUACUAAAGUACUACAGUAGUAUCACGGAGACUUGAUUUGUGCCUGGUAUAUUAAUAUUACGGAUUAAUAAUUACAUACAUAACAUCAUUCCUUUUAUCCCCAAAGGGGUAGGCAGAGGUGCACAUUACGACACUUACAGUCCAGUACUUUUUACUAUUUAUGUUAUGAGUCCCAUGUAAUAGGGGGUGAGCCUAUUGCCAUAUAUCGGGCACGAUUCCAGACUCCGUGCUACUACUGAGAUUUUUUUAAACCCAGCUAUACUUUGCUCGACCUGGGAAUUGAACCCUAAACCACUUGGCCAGCAGUCGCACUUGCGACCACUUAGCCAACGAGGCAGUCCUACUCGCAUGAAUGUAGGUACCAGGGAGUGUGGCCAGACAGUGGACGAGUCGUGCGGUACUGGGGAGUUUAUGUAAACAGUAAUUAAAGGGAGCGAGCAAUGCGGCGAUGUAUUACUUGUAGCGUUACCCAACUCACACUGCUCCGCCGCGCCUCGGACGCACUGCACGCGCCGCACUACUGCCCGGCACCAUAGCGUAGCAUACUCACAUACUCACAUAGUCACAUAGUAUAGUUCAAUAAUAAAUAAUAUAGUUUAGUUUAGUGUUCGUGCCGCCAUGCAGUCCGUGGUACCACUCGCCUGCUUCCUGUCCCUCAUACGUCCGCCGGGCGUGCAGUACGAGAACGCGCUGCUCCAGAUAGCGCCCGUGGACAAGGCCAAGUGUCCGUACGUGCACGCCGGCACCGACGUCUCCUUCCAGCUCUACACCAGACACAACCCGACAGUGCCGCAGCGCCUGGCGCUGGACGACGACGAGUUACUGUUCGCGUCCAGCAUCGACUGGAACGCCCCCACCGUCGUCUACUUCCACGCCUUCAUGGAGCAGCCCGAGGAUGGCAGCGCCGUGCUCGUCAGAGAGGCGUACAUGCAGCGCGGCGACAGCAACGUCAUCAUGGUGGACGCGGCGCGCCUGGAGGCGGGUCCCUGGUACCCGGCCGCGGCGCACAACACGUGGUACGUGGGCCGGUACGCCGCGCGCCUGCUGGACUACCUGGCGGCGCGGGGCCUGCGCCUCAACCACACGCACCUCGUGGGCCACAGCCUCGGGGCCCACGCCGCCGGGGUCGCCGGGGCCGCCCUGCGCGCGGGCCGCGUCGCGCGCAUCACCGGCCUGGACCCCGCCCUGCCCCUGUUCGCUGGGGUCCACCCGGACCAGAGACUGGACCCCAGCGACGCGGACUUCGUGGACUCUUCUGCAGCCACUGGCGGUCGUACCAGUUCUACGCGGAGUCCGUGCUGCGCCCGCGCAGCUUCCUCGCGUCGCAGUGUCCCUCCUGGCGAGACUACACGCGCGGACACUGCGCCGGCGCACGCACCGCCCACAUGGGCAGCGCGGCCCCCGCCACGUGAGACUCAUCGCCCCACGAACCCAGGCACCCACCGCCCCACGCACCCACGCACCCACCGCACCCACCGCACACAGCUUGUACAGCAGCGCACGCUUACAGGUGCGGGCAUGCUACACCCGCGGCACUACUUCGUGUUCGAGCUCACGACCGCACCCAUACACAGCAGACACAAGCGGUUCCUACCAGCACUGCGCCGGGACGCUGCCACCGACUCGUGGCCGACGUUGGGCGCGCUCGGAGUACUGGGCGCGCUCGUACGGGGCGCGCCGCUGGUGAGCGUCGCGCGUGACGUCACUACCCGCGUCAAGAGCAGCGCAGGCGAGCUCGCGCACGUCGCCAGGGAGACCUCGCGCUACGUCGGCAGAGACCCCGCGCCCCUGCCCGGGGUCACCCUGGAGUUGGGGGCCGGGGGCUGGUGGGGGGCGCUGCGGAAACUCUUGGGCCUGGCCCCGGCCGGCGCCCGGCUCAGCGUGGCGCCCUAA